AUGCUGCUAGCGGUUCUUUACCACGAAGUUUGGUUCCCACUAUAUCCACGUGCGCCGGCCCGGCCCGUCGUACGAGCCUAUAGAGCCUCCGCCGUACCCUACCGUAGUCUAAGGGCUAGCGACGAGACCGUCGUACAAGCCGGCGAGCUAGAUAAGGCUAACCCGUGGUUACGGCGGACGCAGUGGGCCCAGUAUUUGCAAGGGAUCCCCGUACGACUAUUAUCCGAGGCUAUCGCCACACCCGAUCCGGAUACCGAGGGCCCCGAGGGUAUCGUAUAUGCCAUUUAG